AAUUCCCCACGGCGGCGUCGCCUCGCCUCGCCGGCGAUGAAGCUCUCCGCUACCUUCCGAUCCGCGAAGAUCCCCCGCGCCUUUCCUCCCAAAUCCGGCAAGGCCGCCGCUGCAGCCUCGGCCUCCUGCUCGUCCGGUGCUCCGUCGGAGGAUGUUGCCAAGGGGAAGGCGGCCGCGAGGUGGUGCGUCUACCUCAUCGCCUCCUACCGGAUACCCCGCACCUACGUCGGCGUCACCACCGAUUUCCCUCGACGCCUGAGACAGCAUAAUGGUGAGUUAAAAGGUGGUGCCAAAGCUUCCUCUGCUGGAAGGCCAUGGAAUCUCGCAUGCCUUAUUGAAGGCUUUGUCAACAGAAGUGAAGCCUGUGAAUUCGAAUCAAAAUGGAAGAACAUAUCCCGAAAAAUGGCACGCAAAAGGGGUGAACCUAGCAUGACCUCGUUGCUGCAGCAUCGAGAUAUGGCAUUGAGCAGAGUGAAAACCGAUCUGGCUUGUAGCCAUCUGAAAAUCACAUGGAACUCAAGUUGAAGUUAUUUUUCUAAUGGCGGUCUGUACAUGUAUUUGAAACUGCAAAAUGUCACCUGUUACUUUGAAGUUUGUUAGAAAAAUCACAUGUUUUCCUGCUCUUCAACACUAUUUUAUGGCAGAAUGAUGAAACUGCUUGUUGUAUUUGUUUAUUUAAGACAUGAAGACCUUGAAAAUUAAGUGGCUCGGUGAUUGCAAACUUUUUCUUUA